AUGGCAACUCCAGGCUCAGGCUUUUGGUCCUUCGGGUCUGAAGAUGGCUCCGGGGAUCCCGAGAACCCCGGCACAGCGAGAGCCUGGUGUCAGGUGGCCCAGAAGUUCACGGGCGGCAUCGGAAACAAGCUGUGCGCCCUGCUCUACGGGGAUUCAGAGAAGCCGGCAGAGAGUGGAGGGAGCCAGCCCGCGCGGGCCACCUCCCGGAAGGCCACCUGUGCCUGUAACCAGAAGCCUUGCAGCUGCCCCAAAGCGGAUGUCAACUAUGCGUUUCUACACGCAACAGACCUGCUGCCAGCCUGUGAUGGAGAAAGGCCCACUUUGGCGUUUCUGCAAGAUGUAAUGGGCAUUUUGCUUCAGUAUGUGGUGAAAAGUUUCGACAGAUCAACCAAAGUGAUUGAUUUCCAUUACCCUAAUGAGCUCCUGCAAGAGUAUAACUGGGAAUUGGCAGACCAACCACAAAAUUUGGAGGAAAUUUUGAUGCAUUGCCAAACGACUCUAAAAUAUGCAAUAAAAACAGGGCAUCCCAGGUACUUCAAUCAACUUUCCACGGGACUAGAUAUGGUUGGAUUAGCAGCAGACUGGCUGACAUCAACAGCAAACACUAAUAUGUUCACCUAUGAAAUUGCUCCAGUAUUUGUGCUCUUGGAAUAUGUCACGCUGAAAAAAAUGAGAGAAAUCAUUGGCUGGCCUGGGGGCUCCGGAGAUGGGAUAUUUUCUCCUGGUGGCGCUAUAUCUAACAUGUAUGCCAUGCUGAUUGCACGCUUUAAGAUGUUCCCAGAAGUCAAGGAGAAAGGAAUGGCUGCUGUUCCCAGGCUCAUUGCCUUCACAUCCGAGCAUAGUCAUUUUUCUCUCAAGAAGGGAGCUGCAGCUCUGGGGAUUGGAACAGACAGCGUGAUUCUGAUUAAAUGCGAUGAGAGAGGGAAAAUGAUCCCAUCUGAUCUUGAAAGAAGGAUCCUUGAAGCCAAACAGAAAGGAUUUGUUCCUUUCCUUGUGAGUGCCACAGCUGGGACCACUGUGUAUGGAGCAUUUGACCCCCUCUUGGCGGUCGCUGACAUUUGCAAAAAGUACAAGAUCUGGAUGCAUGUGGAUGCAGCUUGGGGUGGGGGAUUACUGAUGUCCCGGAAACACAAGUGGAAACUGAGCGGCGUGGAGAGGGCCAACUCUGUGACAUGGAACCCACACAAGAUGAUGGGCGUCCCCUUACAGUGCUCUGCUCUCCUGGUUAGAGAAGAGGGGUUGAUGCAGAGUUGCAACCAGAUGCAUGCUUCCUACCUUUUCCAGCAAGAUAAACACUACGACCUGUCCUACGACACUGGAGAUAAGGCCUUACAGUGCGGACGCCAUGUCGAUGUUUUUAAAUUAUGGCUAAUGUGGAGGGCAAAGGGCACCACUGGGUUUGAAGCACAUAUUGAUAAGUGUUUGGAGCUGGCAGAAUAUUUAUACAAUAUCAUAAAAAACCGAGAAGGAUAUGAAAUGGUGUUUGAUGGAAAGCCUCAACACACAAAUGUCUGCUUCUGGUACGUGCCUCCAAGUUUGCGUGUCCUGGAAGACAAUGAAGAGAGAAUGAGCCGCCUCUCAAAGGUGGCCCCAGUGAUUAAAGCCAGAAUGAUGGAGUAUGGGACCACAAUGGUCAGCUAUCAGCCCUUGGGAGACAAGGUCAAUUUCUUCCGCAUGGUCAUCUCAAAUCCUGCAGCAACUCACCAAGACAUUGACUUCCUGAUUGAAGAAAUAGAACGCCUUGGACAAGAUUUAUAAUUAGCUCACUGAGCUGUUUCAAUUCUCUAGGUAGACAAUUAAGUUGUCACAAACUGUGCGAAUGUAUUUGUAGUUUGUUCCAAAGUAAAUCUAUUUCUCUAUUGUGGUG